AUGGACUGGUUCAGAGCCACGGCUCUCACCGUCCAAGUCAUUUAUUGUGGAGCCUGAGAUUACAAGUCUAAGUAUCUCCAGUUCAAGAAGAAGUUAGAAGAUAAGUUUCCUGGCUGCCUGGACAUCAGCAGUGAGGGGGGCCCCCAGGCCACCGGGUUCUUUGAAGUGAUGGUGGCAGGGAGGCUGGUCCACUCCAAGAACAGUGAUGGCUACGUGGACACAGAAAGCAAGUUUCUGAAGUUGGUAGCCACCAUCAAAGCCGCCUUGGCUUAG